AUGGCACUUGAGUUGACACCUCUUGAGCUUUCUUCAAUGACGACUGUGAAGUCCCAAGAAGCCGCCUCCUCUUCCAUACCUCAAUGCCAUUACCAUGUGUUCUUGAGCUUUAGAGGUGAAGACACUCGCAAGACUUUCACCGAUCACCUCUACACGGCUUUGGUGCGUGCUGGAUUUCGCACCUUCAGAGACGAUGACGAGAUAAGAAGAGGAGAAAAUAUGAUGGCCGAGUUGCAAAAAGCGAUUCAGGAGUCUAAGAUUUCGAUAGUUGUCUUGUCAAAGACGUAUGCAUCUUCGAGCUGGUGCCUUGACGAGCUUGUGAUGAUCCUCAGAAGCAGGAAGACCUCAGCUGGAACCGUGGUUUUACCUGUCUUCUACGACGUGGAUCCAUCCCACGUGAGGAAGCAAAUGGGAACUUUCGAAGAAGCGUUUAACAGGCAUGAAGACAGAAUUGAAGCAGAAACUGGUGAAAGUAAAACAGAAUGGAAGAGCAAGGUGGAAGAAUGGAGGGGGGCACUCAGAGAAGUGGCAGAUUUAGCAGGGAUGAAUUUACAAAGUCAAGCUGAUGGACACGAGGCAAGAUUUAUCGAGAAAAUUAUACAAGUGGUUGGAGACAAAUUACGUCGCAGUGUCUUGUACGUUGCCCCCCACCCAAUUGGAAUACAUACUCGAGCCAAAAGCAUUCAGCUUUGGUUAGAAGAUGGGUCCACUGAUGUUGGCAUGGUUGCAAUUUGCGGGACGGGCGGAAUAGGCAAGACAACCAUUGCCAAAUUUCUAUACAACCAGAACUUCUCAAAAUUUGAAGGUAGUAGCUUUCUUGCAAAUGUAAGGGAAAUUGCGAAACAACAGGAUGGUUUCAUUCGUCUACAGAAGCAGCUUCUUUCAGAUAUUUUGCAAGGAAGAAAGGAAAAGAUAUACAAUAGUGAUGAAGGAAUUGUUAGGAUUAAAGACGCCUUAUGUUGCAAAAGAGUUCUUGUGGUUCUUGAUGAUGUCGAUCGACAACAACAAGUAGAAGCAGUACUUGGAAUGCGAGAUUGGCUUUUUCCGGGGAGCAAAAUCAUCAUAACCACUAGGCGUGAGCGGUUGCUAUGGGCUCACGAAGUUCGCAAGGUACAUCGGGUGGAAGAACUGGAUUUUAACGAAUCCUUGGAGCUCUUUAGUCGGCAUGCCUUUGGAAAAAGCUAUCCCGUGAGUGACUAUGUAGAGGUCUCAGAAAGGGUGGUACAAUACUGCGGAGGGAUUCCAUUAGCUAUUAAAGUUUUGGGUUCUUCUCUGUCUGGGAAAAGUUUAAACGUAUGGAAAAGUCAAUUAGAAAAAUUGAAAGCAAUUCCUGACAGAGAAAUCCUUGAAAAACUCAGAAUAAGCUAUGACUCUUUACAAGAUGACCACGACCAAAAAUUAUUCCUUCAUCUUGCUUGUUUCUUCGUUGGGAUGGAUAAAGAUCAGAUUGUUACAAUCCUUGACGGAUGCGAGUUUUACACCGUGGUUGGAAUUCAAAAUCUCAUUGAUAGAUGUCUAUGUACAAUUGAUGAACGUAACACACUGGUGAUCCAUCAAUUGCUUCAAGAUAUGGGAAGGGAAAUUGUCCGCCAAGAAUCACCCGAUGAGCCAGGAGAACGUAGCAUCCUCUGGAGUCAUAUGGAUUCCUUCAAUGUUUUGAGAGAAAAUACUGGCACGAGCAAAAUCGAAGGCCUUGUUCUCGAUAUGCAUUUGGUGAACAGAGAUAAUUCUUCCAGGACAAUCUCGAAUGUCAAUAGAAAGCGUCGCUUCGAAGAAUUCCUCGAGCCAUUAUUGUCAAACUUGGGCAAUGCAGUCAAAAGAUGUCGUUCUAGCAUCUUCCCCUCUCACAUGGCAGCCACUGCUCCAGAAAAUUCAAAUCAAGUGGCUUUGGACACUAAUGCAUUUGCAAGGAUGCGCAAACUGAAACUUUUACAGCUCAAUCAUGUACGUAUUAGCGGACCCUAUAGAAAUCUUCCCAAAGGAUUAAGAUGGCUGUAUUGGCGUGGAUUUCCUCUUAAAUCGAUACCCCGUGAUUUUCCUAUGGAGGACCUAGUUGCUCUUGACAUGCACUAUAGCAAUUUGAAAAAUGUAUGGGAUGGAACCAAGAUUCUCAAGUCAUUAAAAAUCCUCAAUCUAAGUGAUUCUCAUAACCUCACCAAAACUCCCGACUUCUCAGCACUCCCCAAUCUCGAGAGGCUGAUGCUUAAAAAUUGUUCAAGUUUGUAUGAGGUUGAUGAAUCCAUUGGAUGUCUAGAGAGACUUGUUUUGUUAGAUUUGGAAGGCUGCAAAAAUCUGAGGAAGCUUCCGAGAGGCCUCGGUAUGCUGAAAUUUCUGGAAACUCUUGUAAUCUCUAGAUGCUCAAAUCUCGAGGAAUUGCCGACAGAGAUCGGGAAUAUGGGGUCGCUAACAGUGCUCCAUGCAGACGGGAUUGACAUAAAUCGAGUACAUUCUACCACCGGGGAAGCGAAAGCAACGCAAUCUCUCAUCCGGCCUGGGCUGUUGAAGCCAAGAAAGAGCCUACAAGUUUGUUUACCACGGUCCUUGGUAAAAUUGCGUCUUGCAAAUUGUAAUCUUUCCGACGAUGCUUUCCCCAAAGAUCUUACCAACCUAAUCUCAUUGAAGUUGUUAGAUCUGAGCCAAAAUCCGAUUUGUAACCUCCCCGAAGGCAUCAGAGGUCUUACCGGGCUCGAGAUCCUUCACUUAUCAUCGUGCACAAGUCUCCGGACGCUCAUAUUGAUCCACAAGUUGCGAGAACUGUGGAUCGGACGUAAUCCGCUGUUGGAGAACAUAACCGUUCCAUCGGCUUCUCACCGUCCGACCACCACUUAUUUCUCAAGCAGUCUGGACAAUCUAGUUGGUUUCAAGGGCCCAUUCAAGUUAGAACCCAUAGGAGAUGUCGACACCGAGAUUCUUACCAAUUUGGGCUUGUCGAACUUGGGAUCCAUGGAAAACACAAAUGCAAAGCUGAUUACAACCAAUAUCAACAAACCAGAGACGCUUCCCAUCCAGGGAUGUCACGAAGAUCAUAUAUUCACCACUUUCCUUCCGGGAAGCAAGGUUCCGCUCUGGUACAAUUUCAGGUGUCAAGGAUCCUCGAUAAGUUUUACCGCGCCUUCGCAUCGCAAUUCCAGACUACAAGCCCUGAGUGUGUGUGCUAUUUAUAGAAUCUCCUAUGACAAAAAGUACUCUCGGAUUCAAAAGUACCCGCAUACUACAGUCAGCAGCACGAACAAGGGCGUGAUGUGGAGCUACUGCCCGCGUGUCUUUGGAAUUCCAGAAGCCGGCGAUGACAUGAUGUGGUUGAGUUACUGGAAGUUUGAGCAGCUGGAAGGCGGCGAUGAGCUUACGGUUUCGGUGGAUGGAGGUGAGUUCAUGCAGGCAAUGGAGGUCGGAGUCUACCUAGUGUACAAGGACGUCGAGCAUGACGAGAAGAGCACCCGAUCUGUCCGUGGCGAAGAGAUAUAUCAGCGUACCACCGUGUACGGAAACGUCGUUCCGGGAAUCGUGUCUGCGCAUUCGGUGGGCACAAAGCUCUACCAAGUCGGUCACCAUUGGGAUGGUUUCAAGUGCGAGUAUUGUCCUCGCGGUGUGGCCCCUCUUCCUUGGACCCUCUCCGCUGCUUAUGAUGAUGAGAUCAAGGAGCCAUUUUGUUUUGCUGAUAUGAGCAAGGUCAAAUCUCUUGGCUGUUGAUUUGGUUUGUGUUGUGUUGAAAAGUGAGCUUGAUUAGGAUCGAGCCAGAUAAGUUUCAAAGGACAAGUGGAUGAUCGGGAGAAGAAGAACGUGGAACACUGUUCCUUUAUCAAGCUUGAAUAAUAUGGAGCUUCCGUAAUAUAUUUUGGGAUUUGCAAAAUAAAUGAGAUUAUCUAAUCUUUGUUUUUGUUAUUGUUUUGCCUAUAUAUAUGGGUUAUAAUUUGCAUUGCAAAA